CCGGACUUUAACUUCCGGGGCACUCUAUCGUUCCACACACUGUUGAUUGUAUUCGAAGACAAUAGUAUUCGUUUUUUUGUGUUUUUGAGAUAAAGCGGAAUGCUUUGAGUCUUUUAACAUGGAUCUCCUCAAGGCUGAGAUCGAGAGAAAGAGAAAGUUGGUUGAAGACAAGGAUCUCGUAAAUGAUACCAAGAGGUACUUCAAAAGAGCUGAUCUUGCCCGUAAGGAAGAGGAAGAAUAUUACAAAAGAUGUGGUUAUAAAGUGGCCAGGGUGGAGGAGGCGCCCACCCCCUCGGCCGUCCCGGUGAUGGAACUGGAGCUCACGGAGGAGAAGUUACCGAUGUCACUGUCCCGUCAAGAGGUCAUUCGGCGGAUGAGGGAACGAGGUGAACCAAUCCGUCUCUUCGGAGAGUCUGACUAUGAAGCCUUCCAGAGACUCCGAAAGAUUGAGAUCCUGGCCCCAGAAGUCAAUAAGGGAUUGAGGAACGACCUGAAAGCAGCCAUGGACAAGAUCGAUCAGCAGUACCUGAAUGAGAUUGUCGGGGGGACAGAAGCGGGAGAAGUCGACACUCAGCACGAUCUGAAAGUGCACGAGGAGCACACCACCAUAGAAGAACUAGAGGUUCUUGGUAAAACUCUCGGUACAGGAGAUGAUAGUGGAGACCAAGGUGUCAUUGACAAAGUUCUGAAGUUCCUGCUGGGUGUUUGGGCCAAGGACCUGAACAGUAGAGAAGACCACGUGAAGCGCAGUGUCCAGGGCAAGCUGGCCAGUGCCACCCACUCCCAGACAGAGACCUACCUGAAACCUCUCUUCAGAAAGCUGAGGAAGAAGAACCUGCCCGCUGACAUCAAGGAAUCCAUCACAGACAUCAUCAAAUUCAUGUUGGAAAGGGAGUAUGUCAAGGCCAAUGAUGCGUACCUGCAGAUGGCGAUCGGUAAUGCCCCCUGGCCUAUUGGUGUGACCAUGGUGGGAAUCCACGCUCGUACAGGGCGAGAAAAGAUCUUCUCCAAACACGUGGCCCACGUUCUCAACGACGAGACGCAAAGAAAAUACAUCCAGGGACUGAAGAGGUUAAUAACCAGCUGCCAGAAGUACUUCACCACAGAUCCCUCCAAGUGUGUUGAGUACAACGCUACAAAUCCGUAACCUCCAACAAACCGCCUGUCCAACGUCGGAGGAACUGCUUCGACGUCCGUUCUGCAUCAUAGUCUGAGGAUGGCUGAGCCCCGCUGUACAUAGUCAGAAUACCAGCUCAGUUUGUGAACCCCUCAUUACAAUAAAGCAUCGUAGUCAUCGGCCCCACACGAAGAAGACUAAGUCUCGCCUGCCAAAUUUUGACAGUAGGUCAAAUGUUCAGCACGCCCCUGACUACAUGUAUCUCUUCAGUAAAAUGUUUUGGAAAUGAAACGGGGAACUUGGAAUUCAAAUCAAUAGGUAUCCAAAGGCUUAAGUAUCUAAAGGUUGAUUUCAAAAGAUGCAUUUGCUACGGUCACUGUUUGGGAUCAUUUUGAAUUUUGCUCAAAAUAACUAUACAUUUGCUCACUUAGGCCUGUGCUUCCCUUACCUUUUUGUUUAAAUGUUUUUCCACCAAUACCAAAUUACUUACCUGUUUGUAUCUGAAUAAUAAAGUACUUUUCAAGAAAAUC